AUGGUUGUCUGGGUGGGUUUAGAUUUUUUUAUUUUUGUCUGUUUUUUUUUUUUUGCAACAGUCAUGAAUGGAAUAUCAAUAUUAUUAACAAUUGUGGUUUUAACAACAUCAAAGAUAAUUGAACUACCAGAAGUCAAUCAAUCUCCUAAAGAAAUCAAACAACAAGGUAAAUUGAAAUAUUUCUUAGAAGAUUCGACAAAUGAAUAUUUAACAUAUCGAUCAUUUCCAACAGAAUUAUCAUUUAUAACAUCAAAAUACUAUCAACAACAACAUAGUAAUAAUAAUAAAAAUGAUUCAUUAAUUCAUAUAAAUGAAACUAAUUCAACAUAUUUAUUUAGACCAACUAUAAAUAAUCAAGAAUUGAUUGAAAUUAAAUUUGAUUCUUUUAAUUAUAUAAUUGAAAAUAUUCCAAUUUCUGGAUGUAUGAGAAAGACCAAUUCAAGUAGUUCAAUAACACUUGUUAGAUCAAUUGGGAUUGGAAUUUUUUAUUUUCCAAAUGAUUUAUUUAUUGGGGGUGAUUAUUAUUUAUUAGCAACUAGUUUAGAUUUUGGACUUAAUGGUAUAAAUUUAGUUGGAUAUAAUAGUUUUACGAUUACUUGUAGAAGUGAUAUAAAUGGAAUUAUUCAAAUGUUUAAAAAUGUUAAAUUAUUGAAUAUUAAAAGUAAAUUUAGAAAAAUUAUUAUUGAUAAAAAGAAGAAAAAAUUUAUGAUAUUAGAAAGAUGGAAACAAAUAUUGGGGAAUUUGAAAAGAAAAGAAUUAGGUGUGUUGAUGUUUGAUUUGAAUAUGAAUCAAGAGUUACCAUAUUGUGAAUCUAGAAAAGAAUAUUUACAAUGUAAUGUUAUACACUAA